GAUGCCUCCUUCCCCUUCAUGGAGCUUCCGCUUGAGAUCCGUCUUAUGAUCUACAAGCUCCUUCUCAAUGAGAAUUCCACCUCCCUUACCCUUCUCAUCCAAGGCCAUGCAGGGCAGGAGAUAGUUCGUCGUGGUUACCUCAAAAAGCAACCAAAGCCCAAUUCAGGAAGACAGAUUCUCUUGAAGAAAGUCCACAAACCCAGCGACGAGGACAUCACACACCUGCAGCCAGUCAUCUUGCGUGUGUCCAAAACCAUCUAUGACGAAGCAAUCUCCAUUCUCUACCGUCAGAUCCUCGAGUUCGAGCACCCCAUUGCUCUUAAAAAGUUCCUCUUCACCAUCGGUCCCAACAACCGUCUCCUGCUGCAGAACAUUGUUCUGCGCGGCUGGCAAGAUGACGAGUUUCCCGUCUGGCAGCAAGCAGUCUCAUCAGCUUUCGACAGACUCUUGACUGUCCAAAACCUGAGAAGCAUUCGCAUGGACCGCCACGUCUCUUCCAGCAGCGAUAUGCCUCUGAUGUAUCGUGACGAGUGGAAGCUGAACCAUGUCAAGCACUUCGAUGUGCGCGUUGAGUACUGGGCCCAGUGCAUUGACGCCGCCAAGGGCAAGGGAACCGCCAGAUCACUCCUGUCGUUCACCGACCGCAACUUUGGCUCGGAGGAUGAGAUUGCCGAAGGUGCCCAGGACUUUCUGGACCGCAAGAAGUUGUUCAUGGACAACCUGAAGCUC